AUGAACCGCCUCUUUGGAUAUGGAGAGCCCGCCAAACCCAGCGAAAAUGCCACGCGGCCAAAUCUCCCUUCAUCAUGGUAUCGCUCUGAGGCGAUGUAUAAUCUCGAGCGUCGGGCUAUCUACUCGAAGAAAUGGGUGCUUGUCUCGCACGAAGUGAGAUUCCCUGAGUCAGGGAAUUACCUGCAGUUGCAGGAAGCCGGUUUCACAUUCUUCCUCAUUCGAGAUCGCCAGGGAAAGAUAAACAGUUUUCACAAUGCCUGUCGACAUCGUGCCUACCCCAUUGUGCAGGAGCAGGCUGGCAAAGUGAACAUUCUUUCGUGUCGAUACCAUGGUUGGUCUUACGGAUUGAACGGCAAGCUUGCCAAAGCACCUCGGUACCAGGAACUUGACGGAUUCGACAAAGAGGAAAACGGACUGUUCCCUAUCCAUAUCCACAUCGACAAGCUAGGCUUCAUAUGGAUAAACCUCGACGCCUCAGAAACCCCAGCUGUAGCAUGGGAAGAUGAUUUUGCUGGCGUUGACGAACAGCCUAGGCUUAAGCCAUUCGAUUUCUCACAGUACCAGUUCGAUCAUACCUGGGAUAUGAUCGGUGAUUACAACUGGAAGACAUUGGCAGAUAACUACAACGAGUGCUACCACUGCCCAACUGGACAUCCAGGCCUCACCCAAUAUACUGAUCUGGGGAAGUACUGGGUCGAGACAAAGGCAAGUCAUAUCCAACAUUUCAAUACAGACCGCCCGGACCAGGAAGGCAUGGGGAUUAUUAGUACCUUUUACUUCCCUAACGCGUCUAUGACGGUGUCCAAAGAGUUCUUUUACAUCAUGAGAUGUGUUCCGAUUUCACUGUCGCAGACACAGAUGGAGUACGAGGUUUAUAGGCACAAAGACGUGACGGAUGAAGAUUUCAACAAGAUCGACCAGAUCUUCAAACAGGUACUGAAGGAAGACAAGGAUUUAUGUAAUGCGGCGCAGAAGAACCUGAACACCGGGGUGUAUGUGCAUGGGAACUUACACCCGCAACAUGAAAAAGGUCCGUUGUUUUUCCAGAAAAGCGUGAAAGAUUUAGUGAUGAGCCACCACGAGUCAGAGGAAAAACAGGGAAGGGAGAUAUGGCCUGCGACGCCGGUUCCGGUCAUGACUAAAGAGCUGAGCGAGGAGAUGGACUUCUGUCGGAAGAUUGACUGUCUGGCCAAGAACGGAAACAAUGGCCAAUUAUCUUGGUAG